UGUUGACUUGUAAUGCUUGCAUCCACGUGGGCAUGAUGAAAUAUGUACUCCACCAGGAUUUUGUGUAAAAAAUAAGAGUUUUUUUUUGUUCAAAGAUUGUGCCUGUACGUGUUAAGCUGCAUGAAGUUGGUGUGUUAAAUGUUUACACUUGUUAAUGGUUCAAGCACAGGUGUUAGUGUUCUGUCAAUGUUGUAUUACUUAAUAAAUAGGUACUGUUUUUAUCAAUGAAAUAAGCAGACCAGUUUGUUUAACAACAUAAAAACAAUCCAUCUGUUCAGCUCUGUUUUACCGUCCUUUAACAGAGCAUUAUUCUUCCUUGCUGUCAACAUGGUAUCAAAGCUUUUCUUGAGGUCUUAAGGGACUGUGGUCAACUCUAAAUAAGCUUGCUCUUCUUAGUUUGAUACUCUUAAAAAAUCUCAGUGAGUUACUUGAAAAAUUAGAUGGCCACCACCACAACAGUAAGCCAUCUAGCUCUUCCUCUGUUUAACGGUGAUAAUUAUCCCUCAUGGUCUGUAAAAAUGAAAGCCUAUCUAAGAGGCUACGACCUUUGGGAUGUGAUUGAGUCUGGAUCUGAAGUCCCUCCCUUGAGGGAUAAUGCAAGUGCUGCUCAAAUUAAGCAGUACCAUGAGGAGACUACAAAGAGGUAUAGGGCACUGUCAUUCAUUCAUGGAGUGGUCACUGAACCUAUAUUCUCAAGGAUCAUGGCAUGCAAGUCGGCAAAAGAAGCUUGGGAAAAGCUUAAAGUUGCAUUCCAAGGUUCUGAUCGUACUAGACAUCAGCAGGUGAUGAAUCUGAUGCGAGAGUUUGAGGCUCUCAAAAUGAAAGAUACUGACAGUGUGAAGGACUAUAUAAACAAGGUGGAGAAGAUUGUACACCAGGUUACAAUACUGGGAAGGAAAUCACCAGAAGAUCGUGUGGUGGAGAAGGUGAUUAUAAGCUUGCCUGAACGGUUUGAAUCCAAGAUAUCUUCAUUAGAAGAAGCUAAGGAUCUUUCCAAAAUAACAUUAACAGAACUUGUUAAUGCAUUGCAAGCAGUUGAGAACAAGAGAGCUAUCAGAAAUGAUGAGAAUGUUGAGCAUGCAUUGAUUGCUAAGAUGAAGGGUAAGAGCCACGGUGAGUCAUUUGCAAAUAAGGUAACAUCUGAGCAAAAAGACAAAGAAAAGAGAUCUCCACCAGCAGGCAAACAGCAAUAUAGGAGGAACAGAAAUGUGUAGUGUUCUAAUUGCAAGAAGAAAGGACAUGCAGAAUCUAGUUGUUGGUUUAGACCCAAUGUCAUAUGCAGGGCAUGUAAUCAACAAGGUCAUGUCGAGAGAGUUUGUAAGAAUAAGCAAA